UAAAAGUGCCUUUUAAUUCCCGUUACUGGCCACCCUCUGUUUCUUCUUCUUCACUGGAUCGAGGGGUGGAGCUGUACUGCUCGGAAGCAAUAGAUUGAUACAGUUAAUAAUACCCUUCAAUGGACGCUAUAAAGAAGCAAGCAGCCAAGCUCAGAGAGCAAGUGGCCAAGCAGCAACAGGCACGCGUGAUGAUAUCUUCUCCCUUUGUAAACUUAUAUCAAAAUAUAGACUAAGGCAUCCAAAUGACUCUACACCUAGUUCUAUGAGUCUGAAUUUUCUCUUUGGCUAGACAAUUCUGAGGCACUUGGGUCAGCUGGGGCAUGAAGCUUUGAUGGUAGAUGAGUCUGAACUACAGUGUCACCAACAACUUGAGAAUUUAUACAGAUCCACUAGGGAUGCAAAGCAUUUUCAGAGGGAUAUAGUUCGAGGCAUAGAAGGAUAUAUAUCGACAAACAAAAAACAAAUGCAUAUAGUUAGAAAGCUGGCUGAGGAUUCUUGCAAUUAUGGGAUUGAAUGUGCUUGUAAUGCUCCUCUUGCAAUGGCCACUUCUAACUUUGGCGCCUCACAUACUGUGAUUCAAGACCAAAAGGAAACUUUACUUGGAAUUCUUGGACAGCAGGCUGCUGAAGUAAUAAGACGACAAUCAAAGUUCAGAGAUGCUUCUUCUGAGAGUUUAGGGAAGCUUAAGGAUGCUGAAAGAAGGUUGAGUGAGCUUAAAACCUCCAUGUUGGUUCUUGGGAAGGAAGCAGCUAAGGCCAUGCUUGCUGUAGAGGAGCAGCAGCAGCAGAUAACUUACCAUAAGCUACUCAAAAUGUUUCAGCUGGCAGGUGGAUGCUGAAAGAUCAUAUCAUCGAAGUGUUGUUUCUUUAUUGGAGAAGCUACAUUUAGAAAUGAUUACAGACGAAGAAGAACUAAAUGAGUCUCUGCAACAAGACUCAUCAACUGCACAAACAGAGACAGCUUCAAAGAGAUCUACUGCCCAUCCACAAUUUGUAAAGGUCUUACACUCAUUUGAUGCUGAAGCAGACGGCGAGCUAAGUCUUGAAGUUGAUGAUUAUGUUGUAGUCCGUCAGGUAGCUCCUAACGGAUGGUCGGAAGGAGAAUGCAAUGGCAAAGGUGGAUGGUUUCCCUCAGCUUAUGUCCAAAAGAUAACACCUCGUGGCCUCGCAUCAGCAGCCAAAGAUGAUUCUUUUCUUCCAAAUAACUAAAAUACUAAAUAAAUACGGAUUAUUUUAAAUGCAUGUAUUCUUUUGUGUAAAAUUUUCAAUCGGGGCGUGACUCACAUGAUAAGAAGAUUGAAGAAAGUGCCACAAAGGAGAGGUUCCAGUUUGAACUCCAAGUAAUGACUUCAGACGAAACCUUACACUUUUUCCAUCAGAGUGAUCAAAAUUCAAGUUACAUCCUUCUAGAUAAUUGUCCGGUUGAUUUCGGGAGGCUCUCAUGGAUGGAAUGGCAUGGCAUUCUUUUGUGUAAAAUUCUCAAUUGUACAGUGCAGUCUGCAAACACCUCAGAACGUUAUCAUAAUUUUCUUGUCUAUGUAGUAUAGUUAUAAUGGAAGUGUAAUUUGGUUUAAGUUCUUAAUUGAAAAAUAAAAGGAAAAUUGUCAAUUGAAAGUUUUUUUUGGGAAAA